UGGCUGUGUAAGAGUCUCUCCCUCUCUCAAGUUCAUGAGCAAGGCAAGCAAGUCCUUGUUCAUUGUUGCCAUUGAUUUUGGCACAUCUUACAGUGGCUACUGCUUUUCUCUUGCGACAUGCAUGGAUCAUCAUUUUGUUCUGUUUGCACAGUACCGAGCACAAAGGGACCCUGGUCCAUGGCUCCUAGGGUGCUACUGUGGAACCAUAGACAUCACAGUACAUGAAAUCCAAGAAAACCAAUCCCUGAAAGAAUUACAUAAGGCAUCAGGAGGAGGAUGGGGAGGCGAUACAGUGGAUGAAAACUUCAAAGAGUUCCUGAAGGAGAUCUUCCAAGAUGGAGUAUGGGAGGAAUAUACACAGAAUCACCCAGCAGAAUGCCAUAAAAUGAUGUACGACUUUGGCCUUCAGAAAUGCUCUUCCAACAGAGAAGAGGUCUACAUGCAUUGCUACCACAACCUAACAAAAGUGGGAGAACACAAGCAAAAAGACAUCUCCCUCUUCUUUGACGGUAUAGAGGGAGCUCUGUGGUGCAAUGGGACUAUCAUGAUUACAUACGAAAAAAUGAAGAGCUUUUUUGCCUACAGUCUCAGACAAACCAUUGGUGCCUUGCAGCAAAUCCUCAACAAGCCUGAGAUGGCCAAAGUCCAAUAUAUUAUACUGGUUGGGGGCUUUGCUUCCAGCAUUAUCCUGAGGGACGAGAUCUAUCAGACCUUUAGGAAGUACCAUAUCCUGUGUCCACAGGAAUCUCAGGCAGCUAUUAUAAAGGGAGCCAUUUUAUUUGGGCACAAUCCACAAACUGUUGCCUCGAGAAUCAGCGCUCUGACAUAUGGAGUAAAGAUAUCUGAGGCAUUUGAUAUUGCUGUCCAUGAUAUACAGAAAAAGACAGUCUCAAAAGCUGAUAAUUAUGUAUAUUGCACAGAUCUCUUCAAGAAGUUGGUGGGAACUGGGGAUUUGGUUGAGGCAGAUGAGGUUGCCAGUUAUACUUUCACUCCCACAGAACCAGAUCAGACAAGUGUGAUUUUUAGUUUCUAUUGCACAGAAAAGGAGGAUGCAAAAUACAUAGAUGAGGAAGGGCUGAAGAUGCUCGGCUCCCGUACCGUGCCAACACCAAACACAGAGCUGGGGAAAAACCGCCAACUGAGACUGGAUAUUAAAUUUGGGCUAACGGAAUUUAAAGCCACAGGUACUGAUGUUACGUCUGGUGAAAGUCGGACGGUUAUGAUAGAUUUUUUAACAGUGUAAAGAUUCCACAGUUCAAGGACACGUAAGAAGAGCAUCAGACUUGGAUGAUUCAAGGGACUAUAGGGCUCAAUUAGGAGAAUAUAUGAGCUGUCACAGUGGAAUAGCCAAGUGGACCAUACAGUCCAGUAACUCACUUCCUGCCACACUGGAACAAACCAAUAGUCUGUCUAGUCUGAUAAUCCUGCCUCUUCCCAGACUAGUCACCCAUUUAGUCUGAUAUUCUGCUACCUGCCAUUCCUGACUGGACCAACACAAUUUGUCUAGUUCAGUAUUCUGUCCCCUCUCAUGCUAGAUUAGACCAAUGGUGCAAUAUCUAGUCCGGCACCCUGCAUGCUACACUACUGGAUCUGAACACAGUGGUCCAUGUAGUCCAGUAUAAUUAUCUAUAUCCCACUAGAUCAGAUUUAUCGCCAUCUAGCCUGGUAUCCUGUUUGCUGCCAGACCAGGCCAAUGGUCUCUCUAGUCCAGUAUUUUUUCUGCAGCUGUAUUUUCUUAUGCUAGCAUCUUGUCAGACAUGAUUUUCUAAAGACUGAAGUUAAUUCUGCUUGCUGUGAUUUUACUGUAUUAUGACAAAUAUUCAAAUAUAUGAUUGUAUUUUUUUUUAAAAAUCAGAGAAAGUGUAAACAUGUAAUAUUUUGCAACAGUGAAAUUAUGUUAAAGAAAUCAUAGAAUCGUAGGACUGGAAGGGAUCUCGAGGUGUCAUCUAGACCAGACCCCUGCACUCCUGGCAGGACUAAGUAUUAUCUUGAAUUAAAUAUCUUAACUACUAACUAAAUAUAGGUAUAUUGAACAGGUUGAAAGACAAAAAAACUCUGAACCAUCGUACAUGGACAAUUACAAAAUGUUAUGAAUUUUGGGGCUUUUAGAUAUGAAAUUGUGAGAAUGUGGUGAUAAUUUAACUACAUCAUUUAAGCAAAUUGGCAUCAUUAAUUGAAUAGAUAUUCAUGGGCAGAUUGUACCACACAGCUCUGAAUAAUAAUGCUGCUGCAAACCCACUUUGGGGCACUAGCAGUCUCUGUUUAGGGGAGU